UUGUGAAUCAUAACAUUAUUUUAUUUUGAUUUUAGAGAAAUUGCUUAUGCUGUUUUUUAAUAUCGAAUAUACUGUUAAACCAAAUUGUCUAUGUUCAUUUUCUAUGGUUCUGUGCACAAGUUUCUACAGCGUUACUUUCUUGUAGAAACUUGGUAAAAAUAUGGAUCUGUAGUCUGAGGAAGUAGAGCAAAAGUAUAACGCCAUGGCGCACUCUGACCGGUGGAAAGUGUUGGUAAAAGAGUUCCCAUGUCUCUAUGACACGAAGAACCCCGAUUUCUUGAAUGGGGAGUUGAAGGCGCGCUGUUUUGAACAGCUUUUAGAGAGGUGUAACAAUGAAGGUGACCAAAUGAACAUGGAAAUACUAAAGCAGAGGGUGUCCGGGCUUCAGCUAGUAACUACAUGGCAGAAUAUAAGGCCUAAAGCCAGACAAUCAAGACACAGACGUGGAAUCACGAGUAUCAAACAGUUGAUUGGAUCCAAUAAUGCGGCAACAGACCCAUUUCUGGAAAUGGCCCGAGAGUUCCCAUGUCUGUGGGACCGUCGAGACUUGAACUUCAGAGUUGAAAGUGUAAGAAAGCUCAGCUAUAAGCAGCUCUUAGAAAAGUACAACAGAGAGUCGUCAGUGCCAAUGACCAUGGAGGACCUGAAGAAGACAUUUUCUAAUAUGACCAGGCGUAUGAAGUACCAUUUGACGAAUGCGGGUGAGAUUGGAACCUAUAAUGCGAAAACAGACCGAUUUCUGGAAAUGGCUCGAGAGUUCCCAUGUCUGUGGGACCGUCAAGACUUGAACUUCAGAGUUGAAAGUGUAAGAAAGCUCAGCUAUAAGCAGCUGUUAGAGAAGUACAAUAGGGAGUCGUCAGUGCCAAUGACCAUGAAGGAUCUCAAGAGGAAUUUUUACAGUAUGACCAGGCGUAUGAAGAACCAUUUGGAGAAUGCCACUGAGUUUCGUCCCCCAUCCAAAAAAGCGAAAAAAGACCCAUUGCUGGAAUUGGCUCAAGAGUUCCCAUACCUGUGGGAUAGUGAACACUUGAAAUUCAGGAAUGAAGGAUUGAAGAGGCGCGGCUACCAGCAGCUGUUAGAGAAAUAUAACACAGAGUCAACGUCACAAAUAACUGUUAAUACUCUUAAGAAAAAAAUUGAUCUUAUGCGGUGGCGUAUAAAAUUGCGCCAGGAGUCUCGCAAAAAAGAAAGGAGCUCGAGGAAAGAUAAGGGGAAGAGGAAGACCGGAAAAGACCGUGGACCGGAGACUGGAGAGAGUAGCUCGUGGCCUCAACAGCAGACUUCCGACGAUUUGACGACAGAAAAAAGCUCAGAUGCUGAGCCGUUGGUCAACCUUCGUGAAGCCCCUUCCACGCCCCCCGUCAUCCUGCAAGGCAACGAGAUUGUCUUCAACUGGUGCUGCUUUUGUGGGGAGAUCAAGAACGACUGCCACCAGCUCACCCACGACAAACCUUACGAAAGAACCAACAAAAUUAUACUUACCGUGAAUGAUAUCAAUGUAGAAGUAGAUUUCAGGAAAAAUACUACACCACAAACUGUUUGCCAAAGUUGUGAUACAAAAUUGCAGGAGAUGUAUGAAUUUGUCAAACUUGUCAAAAAAACUCAAGACAAGUUUAGUAAUGUAAGUAAUAUUGAUGAUUUAAGAGAAAGCCCAGAAAUACUAAAUGAGAAUCAAACUUAUAUGUCGACUAGUGACGAUGAUAACGAUAAGGGAAAUGUCAUAUACGACUUCCUAUCAAUCUCUGAUACGGAAUUCACAAAUAAAACAGUACCUGCUCCUAAAAGAAUGAAAAAUAAGGAAGAAGUUGCUACAUCUAGGAAGAAAUUUAGAGUUUCUAUCGACUUAAAUUCCAUGUCAUCAUUUUGUGACGAUAGUAAUGGGAGUAAUUACCUGAAUCUGAAUUGUGAUGAAGAAACAGAUGCUUCAGUAGUUGCUUCUGAAGAAUCUGUCACUAUAAAAAAAGAAAUUAUUGAAAGUCCUGGAGAUAUAGCUGAUAAAGAGCUGUUUGAUACAGAAAAUGCAAUACAACGUACUGAAAAACAACAAAAUACUACUACUCCUUCUAGUGAGACACGAAACAAACUGGCAAGUGAAACUAAUUCUGUUCUUGUAAUUGAUCAAGACACUGCAAGGGAAAGUAUUUCUGCAGUUACAUUAGCAGGUUAUUUGUUGAACAUUGCGACUGAAGAUGUUGAAACCCUGGUCGUAAAAGAAGAUAAUGAAUUAACCCAUGAUUAUGACAAUGAAAUUCUAAAUCAUACUAUAAGAAUUCAAAUGCGGCCAUCUGAAGCACAAAGAAAAAAUGCAAGUGAAAUAAAUUCAAUUGUAGGUCCCAAUAACUAUUCACCAAAGGCUAUUGCUACUCCUGAUGAUAGAAAAAAAGUUAGUAAAAAUGCUGAAACGAUUAUAAAACAAGAAUGUAUAGUUUUGAGUGAUGAUACUGAUGAUGAGGACAAUAAUGACGUCCAACCUAAUAAAAAGACUAAAUUAGAACCUACUGAAGUACAAGACACUCAAGUAUUAGCUAGUAAUGCCUCAAAACUGCCAGGAACUCAAAAGGAACUCUUAAAUGACACAACCAAUACUGCAAGUGUUUUAGUAAAUCAACCAAGCAGUGAUCCAGUGUGUGUGAUUCCUAAAACUGACCUGAUAGCACUAGUUGAAUCGAUAGUGGGCCGCAUGUUGAACAAGUGAGUACUAUAAGAACUACAGAUGUGGGGUUCGCUCACAGAGCCACUAGUAUUAUUAGCCAAUAAUUGUUGACUGGCCAAUUCGUGAAAACAUCCGAUAACGGUACGUCACUAUGUUCAAGCGUGAAUACUCAAAUAUUAAAGACCCUCCAGACUAUGUGCGUGAAUCGCGGCGCGACUUCGCGGAGAGAACAUGUCGCGACGUUGACGUAUCGUAUGACUCCACACUCGCAAACUUCACGUUUCGUUACGUGAUUCGCGCAUGACUCGCAUGAGUGUGGAGGGCCCUAUAGGUAAAAUUGGUAGGUACAUACAUGAAUGUACCAAUUAUCGAUAAGUACUAUUAGCAUUUAGCAGCUAAGGUUUAAGACUUAUUAUUAAAUAUUCAAUUAUUCACGUUUUACCUGAAAAUCCUGAAACUUCGUAAGAAACAACUAUUAUUGUUAAAAAAUAAUUAUGUUGAUUAAAUACGUAGAGGUCGAUCCACACUGGCUGAUGCGAAUGGAAUGAUUAAGUGAAUGAAAAUAUGAAAAAUAUCUGUCUGACUGUAUACCGAUACAAAUGUCAUAUUAAAUACGGAAUUAUUAUUUAAUACGGAAGUUUUGUUAUUAAAAUCGAUACAAAUGUCACAAAUACAAUGAAAGUUUUCUUCAUUCCAUUCGUGUCCAAAGAUUUCAAAAGUAAGGAUAGGCCCUUUCACCCUGUAUACACGGUGGCUAAAAAAUAAGUGCAUUCCCGUUGCCAAGGAGGUUUUGGGAUUAUACUGAGCAACUUUUACUAUGGGACCAAUCCCGAAAUCGGAAAAAAAGUUUUGGCUGUUCCAUACAUUUUGGCUGGUCCAUUUUCUAUGGGAGGGUAAUUUAGUUUUCGCGAUUUCGUGGUUGGUCCCAUAGUAAAAGUGGCUCAGUAUAAUCCCAAAACCUCCCUGGCAACGGGAAUGCACUUAAUUUUUAACCACCGUGUAUAAUGCCUAGCGAGUAUAGUCUGCAUCUUCUCAAAUGACUUUUUCGCCUAAGACGGUAAUCUGUUAAACAAAAGCCAUUGUUCCUUUUGUGCGAGCGGUCGCCCAUUGUGUACCAUUGAGUCUGAGCGCGUGCUACGGCGCCUGCCAUUGUCAGAGACAAUGGUACACAAUGAGCGACCGUUCGCACAUAAGGAACAAUGGCUUUUGUUUAACAGAUUACCGUCUUACGCGAAAAAGUCAUUUGAGAAGAUGCAGACUAUACGUGUACCGAUAAAAAUGCGCACAAACGCCAUUUGUGCAGCAAUGAGCUGGCCCACUUCGUAGUGUUCGUAAGGUAAGGGCCCGUCUUUACGAAGUAAUAAUAAGUCGAUGUUCGUGUCAGGUUUCGUGAAUCAAUCUGUAAACUGUGUAAUCUGUAAACUGUGUGUAAUGGUGGAAAUAUUCCCUUUAUUGGGUACGGUCUUGGUGGCUCAGAUGGCAGAGCACUGGGCUAGCGAUCCAGUAGUCGUGGUUUCAAGUCCCGCCCAAGACAGUGAAUUUUUCCACUUUUAAUUUGUUUCUAAGCUUAAUAUAUAGCAUCG